AUGUCGAAGGCUGUAGGAGAGGCUGAGAAAGCCACAACCCCACCCACGCAAAAUGGAAGCGCAGACAAAGCAGCCGGUGCACCUAACAAGGAAAAGACACAAAAGGCCGAAGCUGGCAAGAAGGAUGAAGGAGCAGCAGGUGGAGACGACAAGAAGAUCUCAGGCGCCGAAUUGAAGAAGCAAAAGCAGGCCGAGAAGGCGGCGCGACGUGAGAAGGAAAAGGCAGACCGCAUGGCCCAGCUCGGACAGACAGCAGCACCACCACAGACACCUGCCAAGGGCGCAAAGGGCGGUGAUGUGAAGAAGGGUGGAGAGACAGCACAGAAGGGUGGGCCUGCUCAAGGUCAGGCACAGCACAAGAAAGGUCAAUCCCAGGGUGGAAACCUACCCAUGCGCGGCAAACCUGGCCCCGGAGGAGUCGUUCCUAUGACUCAACAACACCAGCCGCAGCGAAAGACAAAAGAGGUCGGUUUGUUUGGCCAUCUCUACACAUCGGCUUCCAAGAAGAACACUAUGGAAGGUGUGAGCAAGGAAGUUCAUCCUGCUGUUUUGGCAUUGGGUCUGCAGAUGAGCUCGUUCACCGUCUGCGGAAGCAAUGCUAGAUGUGUUGCUAUGUUGCUCGCAUUCAAAAAGGCUAUCCAAGACUACCAAACACCACACAACACUUCCCUUGCACGCCAUCUCACAUCGCACUACCUCUCACCCCAGAUCGACUACCUCAAAUCACACCGUCCAAUCUCUGUUUCCAUGGGCAAUGCUAUCCGCUGGCUGAAAGAUCUGAUCAUCAAGAUUGACCCCGACAUGCCAGAAGCAAGUGCAAAAGAAGACAUCUGUACCGCCAUCGACACCUUCAUCCGCGAACGCAUCACCGUAGCAGACACUGCCAUUGCUGCAACUGCCUGUGCAAAGAUCCGCAACAACACUACUAUCGUCACAUACGCAAAGUCUUCCAUCGUUGAGAAGACACUAUUACAUGCCUGGGCGUCUGGUACCCGCUUCAAGGUCGUUGUUGUUGACUCACGUCCUCUGUUCGAAGGCAGGAACUUGGUGCGAAGACUUGCCAAUGCUGGCAUUCCUGUUUCCUACCUCAUGGCCGCUGCAGCUCCUCAUGCCCUCAAAGACGCAGAUCUCGUCUUGCUGGGGGCACACGCCAUGAUGGCCAACGGUCGUCUGUACUCACGUGUCGGUACAGCUGCAGUCGCUAUGCUGGCCCACUUCCGCGACAUUCCUGUCAUUGUACUUUGCGAGAGCAUCAAGUUCACCGAUCGUGUCGCGCUCGACAGUAUCGUGCUGAACGAAGUUGCACCCGCUGAGCAGCUCAUCCCUGUCUCAAAGUCUGUGCCAAUCCCUGCAGCAAUCGACGCCAAGAAGGACGACAAAGACGAAGAUUCACAAGCAAAGUUGGAGAACUGGCGCGAUAUGCCAAAUUUGCAACUGCUGAAUAUCCUUUACGAUGUCACGCCUGCCGAGUACGUCAACAUGGUCAUCACUGAAUAUGGAUCAUUGCCGCCCAGCUCUGUGCCUGUGGUGCAUCGUAUCAGUACGGAGAGAGAUGUCAGACUUUGA